AUGGCGACAACCAUGUUUGGCGGCUUCUCCUCGUCCGACCGCCGCAAGAAGGUCGUCUACGGCAAAUCGUCGCGCCCCUCGGCCCUCCCACUGCCUGCGCCAGAGGCCGGCGAAGAGGCGCCUCCAUCGCCCGAGCGACCGCGAAAGCAAACCGCACUGGGGGAUACCGGAGGCGCACUCAAGAUCGGGCACAUGCUAGGCAAUGCGCGCCCCAAAACCGACUCUGGCGAUGUUUUCGACAUUCCCUCCGAGGACGAGUUCUACUCACGCCCAAAGCCUGCUAAGAAGUUGGUAGCGAAGCUUCGGACGCCCGAGGCGAGCCUCAAUGCUCCAGCCGCUCAGAACGAGGCUUCCCAUGGCGUGAAGAAGCUAGCCAAACCGACGCAGCCAUUGCGCAAGCCUGAAGCCGCCAAACCUAGCACAGUGCCUACCAAACCACAGAAGCUUGCCCAAGUGCCGAAGCCGCCACAUUCCAACCCGACCGUGCCCCGGACGCAACGUGCAAAGACGCCUCAACCCUCGGAGCUACCGACACAGACGGCAAAGAGCGUAGGAACGGCGCAAGCAACGGGUGGCAAGACGAAAGCGACCUCACAAAGGAACAUAUCUGCGCUGUCAGCCGUGUCCAAGACCCAGGACAAUGCGAAAACAUCCUCAGCGCUCCCCACAAAGAAGCUUUCAGCGAAGCUCGCGACCAAGCCAACACAAGAUUUGGGCGUAUUUGACGUGCCAGCAUCAGACGACGAAGCUCCCUUAACAGUCAAGAAGAUGUCACGUCCAGCCCAAGCGGAAAAGAAGAAAGAGCCUGCAAAGAUACCGUCAGCGCUCGGGAUGGGCCACAAAGAAUCCCCGACGUCUGACGAUUCCAGCGCAUCGAAUAAGCGUAAGCGCAAAGGGUCCGUCUCUUCUGCCACUGGAGUUAAGCCAGCCCUGCAACUCAAGUCUGGAAGCUCAGCGCCUCAACGUAGUCGAAAGUCGCAGAAGAAGGAGAGCGAUGAUUCACCGGGUUAUGCACCACAGGUGCAGCCAGAUGCAAGUACAGCCCGGGCGGCUCAACCCACAGUACUGACGGGCAGCAAACCCAAAAGAACAAGACAACGUACUGUACCAGUACUGGGGCCACCGAAAGCUAUGAAAGGUCAAUCUUCGCCAGCUGUGCUAAAUAGCAUGCUUCCCAACCGCCAACUAACUAAGCCAUCUCCCACAGCCGAAGGCCCCAAAUUCUCUGAGCUCGAAGACCAGACCAUGUAUGACAUUCCAGACGCGCUCACUACUCCUGUGCGUGCGCCAAAGGCAGCUAUGCCUGGCUCGACAACCCCACGACAAAAGACACUUUUUGGCGGCUUGUUGGGCGAUUCUGCGUCGUCUAGUACACCGAUGCCUGCUAUUUCUAGUCUGCAGCUGACAGAUACGAAGCCAAAGUCACUCAUCGGCAGCUUGUCGAGAUGCAAAUCUGAUAUUACGCAUAGUACCCAAGCCCGCAAGACUAGACUCAUCGACACACUCAAGCCGGCCGAAAGCAGCUCGGAUGACGAGGAAGAGGACAGCAGUGGCGAAGAGGAUGACAAGACAGAAGUACACCACGACAACGGUCGACAUGCGCAAAGGCCUGUUCAGACGCCCACAGAUGUGCGUCCACCAGCAGACGCUCCGUCUGAGGACAUGGACGUUGACCGGGUCAAUGCCGAUUCGCAAACGUCGCAGGGCACGACUGGUUUUGGCAUGCGACCGAGGCUUACGUACGCCAUGUCGCGAUCCUAUCUGCGUGAAAGCAACGCAGAGGAUGAUUUGAUGAUGACUAUGGAUUUGGGAGACGACUUUGGUCCCCUUUCACAGUCCAGGGAUACUGUUUCGGUAUCGGAGGAUGACGCUGAUCCCACGAGCCAGGCACAAGCUCACCAUGAGCUCAAGAGCCGAGGACGCAACUAUGUUUUCCAGCAGGAGGCUCAGACAAUGAUUGAUGACAUGGGCAGCACGAGUAGCGGCAGCAUUCGACGGAGUGCCAUGAUUGAGCUGUGCACCAAGAUGGCCGACGAGACGUUUUGCAGUCAGCUUCUUGACUCGCCAUUGGCGCGUGAAUUCUUUAGAAAUAUUUCCAAGGGCGGAGAGAUCAUUUUCGAUUUUGCCACGGCUGUUGUCAUGGUCUUCAUGCUGCGCACGAAUCCGAGCUACACGGUCCUGGACCAAAUCCUGGAAACUGGAAUCCUGGCCAGCUUGCCCAAACUCAUUGGCAACGAUUCAGACAUACAGAGGAUUGCAAAGGAUCGCAAGACGAAUCUGUCAAAGAUGGCCAAAGAGUCGGUGAUUUCGUUCCGCGACUUGAUUCAGCAAUGCUCCAUGUGGUCGCCUGCAACGGUCAGCAAGGUGACGCCACAGCUCGUAUCGAUCAAGGCAGUAGAGCUGCUGGUAAUAGGGCUGCGCAAGGCUGGCAACUCUGAGCCGCUGCUUGACCAGAAGAUGAUCUCGCAGUUGGUUGAGAUUGCAGCAGCAUCACACGAACGCUUAAGCACGGAUCAAGGGACUCCAGAAGACGAAGCGGCGCUGUUGAUGGUACUCUCGAUAUUGGAGUCGGUCUCGGCGACGAGGCAGAAGCAAGCUACGUGGUCUACUGCCGUGCUCGAGCGUAUCGCGAGCUUCAUGCCUCGAUUCCUGCAGGCUGACGCUGCGGCUUCGACCAUGCUAGCGGUCAAGCUGUGCAUGAACCUUAGCAACAACAAGCCCAAAGCGUGCCAAUCGUUCUCGGGCAAGGCGUUUGUGCAGCCGCUUGUGCAGUCGAUUAUUGAGCGAUUUGAGUUUCUCAACGCAGGACCGGCAUCGGAGAAGCGAACAGAGACUGUGGAGAGCUUGAUUCUGAGUCUGGGUGCGACGAUCAAUCUUGCCGAGUUCAGCGACCAGAUGAGGGUCAAUGCAGAUGACGACAAGCAGAGUAUAGAGAGGCUGGUCAGGAUAUUCUUGGAGGGCUCGGAGCGUGCUUCACAGGCCAAUUCGGUAGAAGAGUCACAUUCGGGUGUAGCUAUUGGGUACCUUGGUGUGCUUCUGGGCAACGUUUGCCUCAACGACGGGGUCCGAAGCAAGGUGCGCAUGCUGCUACCAGGGCAGGGGUUGAUGGCGCUCGUGGACAGCAUCAAGGAGUUUGUGCGAGUGCACGAGCACGUGGACAAGAGGACGGAGGAGUUUGAGGGAGCAGAAGGCCAAGAGGCGCUGCAGACGUACACGGCGCGGCUGAUGCUCGUGGUCGAGAGGCUGCAGGGGGCGGUUUAA